UCUCACGUGACUCGAGCUGUAACAGGGAUACCGGGGUCAAGGGUUACCGAGAAGCUAACAGCGCGCCUGCGUGGUGAUUGCAUUUCAAUUUACACGGAAACCGAGUGAAAACGACAGCGUCAACAGAAACGAGGGAAACGAAAAAAAAGAGAUAUAACGGAAAAAAACAUCUAAGCAGGGUACAAACAACGGACUGCCUACCUAGAAGUGCUCCAGAAUUUUCAGAGGCCUUUUCAGUCACUUCCUCAGUCGUGCAAGAUGCCAGCCGCGCUAGCAGAUACCAGCAAGAUCAUCUGUGAAGUUUGGGCCAGCAAUCUGGAGGAGGAAAUGAGGAAAAUCCGACAGAUUAUUCAGAGCUUCAACUUCAUUGCCAUGGACACAGAGUUCCCAGGAGUUGUGGUGAGGCCGAUUGGUGAGUUUCGCAGUACAGUGGAUUACCAGUAUCAGCUCCUGCGGUGUAACGUGGACCUGCUGAAGAUCAUCCAGCUCGGACUGACCUUCAUGAAUGAAGACGGGGACUACCCACCUGGAACAACCACCUGGCAGUUUAACUUCAAGUUCAACCUGACAGAGGACAUGUACUCCCAGGACUCCAUCGAUCUGCUGCAGAACUCUGGACUGCAGUUCAAGAAACACGAGGAAGAAGGAAUUAAUACUCUCUACUUUGCCGAGCUCCUCAUGACAUCUGGUUUAGUGCUGUGUGAAAAUGUCAAGUGGCUCUCCUUUCACAGCGGCUAUGACUUUGGCUACUUGGUGAAGCUUCUCACUGACACCAGGCUGCCUGAGGAGGAGCACGAAUUCUUUCAGAUACUCAACCUCUUCUUUCCUGCGAUCUAUGAUGUGAAGUACCUCAUGAAGAGCUGUAAGAACCUCAAGGGGGGUCUUCAGGAAGUUGCUGAUCAGCUGGAGUUGAAGAGGAUAGGCAGGCAGCACCAGGCUGGCUCGGACUCGCUGCUCACUGGGAUGGCGUUCUUCAGAAUGAAAGAGUUGUUUUUUGAAGAUAACAUCGAUGAUGCGAAGUACUGCGGGCGGCUGUACGGCUUGGGGUCUGGAUCCACCCAGAGUCAGAACGGAAUUGCAAACUCCUCUCAAGAAGAAACGAACAACAAACACUGACAGACUUGCCGCUGAGCCUCCACGCCCGGGUGCUGCUUUAUCUCCCCAGCAGUAUCCUGCAUUCAUUUCUUCCUCCAGCACCUUUUUAAGAAGUUCAGGUUGUGCGAUCCAGAUCUCGUCACUCCUGAAAGGACUUUGGUUUCUGUUGUCGCUAAAUCUUGUGUUCUGUUAAACCGUGUCUGCUUUUCCAGUUAAACUUCAGUACUAGAGCGGAUCGCCUGCAAUACCGACGCUGAGCCUCUCUAGCUUUAAAUGAUCCUUGUAUUGCUUUCAGCUGCAGUACCACCACGUUUUUUUUGUUUUUAACAGGGGACCAGUGCCUGGGUGCUGUAUGCAGUGGAAGACGUUAGAAAUGCAGCAUUUUAACACACUCUGCUGCAAUCCUCUUCUAAAAUUCAUAACUUGCUAACCAACGGCCGCUGUGACCCAUACAACAGGAACGUUUAAAACGGAUCAGUGUCUGAUACAUAGCAGACAAGUUUGUAGUUGUACAAUUUUAAAGAAGGCUGGGAAGUUAUGUAUAUUACAAAGAAAGCUAUUACGUUUUACAGUGUUUGUUUUCACUGAGAAAUUAAGAUUUCAGGAAUGGAUGUUGGCUUAGAAGGAAAAGAAAACUGUACCUUUUAAAAAUGUUCACCUCCUGAUUUAAUUUUAUUAUUUCCACAGAUGACUGUGAUGUAUAUUGUUUUUAAAAAUGCCCGUUGUUUUAAACAGUUGUGUAUUAAAGUGUUUUCUAUAAACUGAA